CAGGACUCAUCUUACGAUCAGUCUCCGUCACGUGACCGAUGAUGACACUCCUGGGUCUCUGUAUAAAUAACUUCAUCCUUUGAGUCGCGCUCCAAACUCCAGAAGAGCCGCAGGAAGACACAAGUGGGAACGUUUCACAUGAGACUUAGCUCUUCAGUUUGCGCACUUUCUAGGUCGUCCACAUUGGCUGCGCUGAAAACAUGGAGCACCUGGAGAACUCCACGGCAUCCCCCCACCGCGUCUUGGUGCUGGCGCAGAGCACCGCGGACUCCCAGGCGGACAAGAGCGACGGGAACGCGUACCUGUACAUACUGAUUGUCAUGUCUUUCUACGGAGUCUUCCUCUGUGGUAUAAUGCUGGGCUACUUCCGCUCCAAAAGGCGAGAGAAGAAGAGGAUCAACGUGUUCACGCGCCUGGUGCACGAGGAGGAGCAGCGGGAGUGGGGCGCGCUGCCCAAGAAGCACAGCCUCACCUUUCCCGCCGCCGUGUCGGGACUGCGCUCGGUGCAGGUGUCCCUGCCUUUCUGCGGGAACCACGGCAACCACUUCGCGCACCUGCACCACGAGGGCGCGCUGCCCUCUCCGCUUGCGUGCGCGCUGUGCACGGAGCAGAGCAGCAUCAGCUCCCUGUGCUCCUCCGCGGACACGCGCCUCGCCAUAGAGGAGGAGUCGGACAGCGGCACGGCGGAGGAGAGCACCAAGGGCGCGUCGGAGAACAGCGGGGAUGACUCAGGCUGAGCUCCGCCCACAGACACGGAGGAGAAACACCACCUGAAGAGGAGGACCAGGAAGGUCUUCAAGCGUCUUAUCACAGAGGCCCGAACUUCUGCAGCAACUCCUAAAUAAUCUAAAGAAAAAGAAAAAAAACUCCAAACCAACUUCAUCCAUGACAUGACAUCCAAACAAGGGCUGGAUCAGACCAUGAGGCCAGUGUGACUCGUGUUAGGCGUUAGUCAGUGAGCAGCUGACGGGUUAGAGAGGUCAGUGCUCCGCAGUAGUUAGUGUGUGUAUGCGCUCUGAGCUGAUUUCAAACAUUUGUACAUGACCUCCGCGCUUAUUUAUGCCGGUAUACACACAUCUUGCCUCAUCUGCCACGCCUCACUGUACCCAGCAGCACCGUGAAACCACACACACGAUUGUUUUGUUUUUGUUUUUUUUACUUUGAGCAUAAUUUGUGAUAACAGGAGGAUAUCAGAGCGAGAGAGACAUAUGACGAACUGAUCAAUUACAAGUAACAAAGCAACUUUAUUCAGGCCUGUAAGGAUGGUUGCAGGGACAUGCAGCAGCUCUCCUCCCAGGGGAAACACACACACACACACACACACACACACACACACACACACACACACACACACACACACAGAUGUAAGUACACAGUAUCACAGCUCAAGCUAUAUGCUGGAUUCAUAAGGGAAUACAUGUAUAGAUAAAUAUAUCCAAAUAUAUCUUCAAACAAAACGCAUAGUAAAGCUGUAAUAGAAGGGAUGAGAUAUUAUAUUCUAUUGAAAAUCAAACAUACUCUGUUAUUUCCAUGUAUCACUCUGACUUUGCCUCAUUUGGUGGUGGUGACCCCCCCCCUGCCUGCUGGAGCCCCCUCCUGACGCCACACUGAGAACCAGCCCACUGGUUUGGAGUGAUGACUCACCCUGCAGGGGACUUGAGUGACAGACUGGCUUUUUUUGUGGCUGUUUGGAGUGAACUUGACUCGCUCUCGCCGACGCGGCCUCGAGUGUCAAAAAAUGUACCUGGAACCCACUUGAAAGAUUGUCCUUUAAAAAAAAAACAAAACACUCAAAUGUAUUUGUUGUAGCUUCACGACGGACACUGUUCACACACAGUCGGUGACGUAGGUUUACUUGAUGAAAGCAUUGCACUGUAUAUAUUGUUUGUAUUGGUCACUUUUGUGAGGCUUAAUUUAAGACCGAGUCUUUGUAGUGUUUUUCAGAAAAAAGAAAUAAAAAUAAAUGCUCAUAAACCU